AUGAAGGAAAGCAAGCAGAAAGGAACUCCUCUUAAACUCUCCAAGAAGAGGACUGCUCUUGUUAACUUUACACCAGAGACUGAAGUUUCUAAGUAUAAAGGUGCCCCUCUUCGGACUUCGAGUGGAAUUCGGGGGCAGAUUAAUGAGGCGGCAAAAAGAGAGGAGAUUGCUAAAUGCACAUUCAGGUGCAGAAUUAGUAUGAGUGAUAUUGUUUUCAUGCGUGUGUGGCGUCAAGUUGAAGCUCCUCGCUUCUUCAACCCAUCGACCACAUUGGAACAGUGUGAUUCUAUUGUUCCUGUUAACAAGGAUUCACUCAAUAAGGAUAACCCUGCUCAGAGGCGGGUUGAACUUAAACAACGUCGUCGUGUGAAGAUUAUUGACGGGGUGCCUUGUCUGUAUACAUGUUCAAAUCCUCUAACUGUUCUCUAUAACCUUGAGUAUAUGAAUAAAAAUAAGAAGAGGAAAAUCAAGAAGAAGAAAAAUGAGGUGAUAUCCGAGGAAGAGCAGAAAGAAUAUGAACGAGGAGCAGAAAUGUCUAAAAGACACCAAGAGGAGGACGAGAAAGCAUUUACGAGCGGUGUUCCUAUGAUGGUCUUAGAGGAUUGGGAUUGA